AACACCAAAAUGUGGAAAAGUUUGAAAAAUGAAGACUGAGUUCUAUUUAUUGACUAAUCCUAAUCGAUUUAAAAAUUGGUGCGUAAUUUCCAAUACCAACAAAACAAAAAACACUGAUCUCAAACGAAAUCUUCGCCUCCUGUCGAUCAAUUCAAUUUUCCCACAGCAACACUUCACCUACUCCUUCCCUUCCCUUCCCUUCCUCUUCUAAUCCAAGCUUCUUUCUCUCAAAUUUCGCCAUUUUUUCUCCCAAAAUCAGCUCCGAUUCAAAAACCCGACAUUUUCUGAAAAACACACAAGAUUUUUAGCUAUGAAACGAGCUCAUAUAAACCGAAAAUGCUCAUUGCCCCUAAUUUUCGUGUCCAUUUCAGCCCUUAUACUGAUCUUCAUCUCUAUUCUAUCCCACCUCAAACCCAAUCAUUCUUCCUUCCCGACCUCCAUCUCGGUCGACUCGGAUUCCUCAGACUUACCCGAAUUGCCGCGAUUCGCCUACUUCAUUUCGGGUACAAGCGGCGACGGCGAGAGGCUGAGGCGGCUGCUUCAGGCGUCGUACCACCCGCGGAAUUACUAUCUGCUCCACCUCGAUUUGGAGGCCUCCGACUCCGAAAGGCUCGAGCUCGCCAAGUAUGUCAAGUCUGCGGCAGUGAUUCGGAGCUUCAAGAAUGUGAUGGUGAUGGGGAAGGGCGAUUUGGUCACUCCCAAGGGCCCGACGGCAAUGGCGUCCACGCUGCACGCCAUCGCCGUUUUGCUCAAGCAGCCCAAGCGCUGGGACUGGUUUGUUAAUCUUGGAGCUUCUGAUUAUCCGCUUAUGCCUCAGGAUGAUUUGCUGCACAUUUUCUCAUACUUGCCCAGGGAUCUGAAUUUCCUUGAGCAUACUAGUGACUUUGGUUGGAAAGAAUACCAAAGAACUAGGCCUAUAAUUAUUGAUCCUGGACUUUAUCACUCAAAGAAAUCUGGUGUUUUCUGGGCCAAAGAGAAAAGAUCGUUGCCUGCUUCUUUCAAGUUAUUCACUGGUUCCGCAUGGGUGGUUCUUUCAAGAUCAUUUCUCGAGUUUUGCAUCUGGGGAUGGGAUAAUCUCCCACGCACCCUCCUCAUGUACUACACAAAUUUCCUCUCAUCUGCGGAGGGAUAUUUCCACACCGUGAUGUGCAAUCACAAGCACUAUCAGAACACAACGGUGAACCACGACCUGCACUACAUAAAGUGGGAGGACACUCGGAAGGAACAACCCGUGAAUUUGACCCUAGACGACUUUGAGAGGAUGGUUGAGAGCGGAGCCCCAUUCGCUCAUAAAAUUGAAAGCGAUGCUGUUCUCGAUAAAAUCGACAGAGUACUACUCAGAAGAUCGUCGGGCCAGUUUACGCCCGGAGGUUGGUGUAUGGCUAGCUAUGGGCAUCCUUGUCUGGUUCAUGGUAGUUCAGAUGUCACUACACCAUCUUCUAGUUCGAAAAGGUUGGAGAAGCUUGUGAUUGAAGUGCUUGAUUCCGAUCAUUUUCGUGUAAAACAAUGUAAAUAAAUGUAAAAUAUUGUUAAUCUGAAUUGAUGAAUAUAUAAUGAAUUUAGUUGUUGAAGAAA